AUGGCACGACGACAACAAGAUCAAGCUACUAUGUUCAGAGAUUUACUAAGGGCAGUGCAAGACUUGGGCAGACAGCAGGCUCAAGCGACACCUCAUAAUGCAACAGGAGGUGCCAACACCAUGAGCUCAAUUGUUGAACAGUUUCGUCGCUUUAAACCUCCGUCCUUGGAUGGUAGAGGUGAUCCUUUCGCAGCUGAGGAGUGGCUGAGAAGACUUGAAGGAAUCUUCGAGCACAUGAACUGCAAUGAUGCUCAAAAGGUUUCUUGUGCAAAGUUUAUGUUGACUGAUGAUGCUGGACAUUGGUGGGAGUUUGAAACACGUACUAGAACUACAAAACAACAACGUAACCUCACUUGGAACCAGUUUAAGGAGUCGCUGAUGGGUAAAUAUUUUCCCCAGUCACUGAAAGAUCAAAAGGAGGUAGAAUUUCUCCAGCUCACGCAAGGAAAUUUGCCACUUGGGGAGUAUGAAAGAAAAUUUGAACGACUUUCUAGCUAUGCACCGCAUACGGUAAACACUGAGCUGACAAAGGCUAAAAGGUUUGAGAUGGGGUUAAGGCCAGAGAUCAAGGGAAUCAUGGCAGCCCAGCAGUAUACUACUUAUGCAGAGGUUGUGCGUCGAGCACAAGUAAUCUCUAAUGGUUUAGGACUGGAAAAGAAAACCCAACCCAGCACCGAGUCGUCUAUAAAGAGAAAGUGGCAAGGUCAUGAUAAGGAGAAAGAAUGUCUAGAGAAGAAGAGAGAAGGUGACCAACUUAAGAAGGGAAAGGCCAGAGUAUUUGCUUUGACAGGAGAAAAGGAGGAUCAGAACACAGACAUUGGGCGUGAAUUCGUAAAAAUGAAUAACAUUUUAGAAGUUAAUACACCCUCAGGCGAAGUGGUUAAUACCAAUCAAAUGGUUAAAGAUGUUAAGUUAGAGAUCGAAGGAAAAGUACUAAAGGCAGAUUUGUACCUUUUGAGGAUGAAAGACUUUGAUGUAAUUUUGGGUAUGGACUGGUUGGGUAGAAAUUAUUCAACCAUCUUAUGCCAUAAGAAGGAAGUUUUAUUUCAAAAACCUGGAGAAAAAAAUCUUCGAUUCUUUGGAACAAAAAUUGGGACCCUACCUCGAUUGGUAUCUGCAAUGAAAGCACAAAAGAUGUUGAGAAAGAAUACUUGUCAAGGAUUUCUAUUGAAUAUAAUUAGUAAGCCCACUUUCUUCCAGUCAAGAUGA